UUUCAGUCUGCUCAUUUUAGCUUUAAUUGUCCUGUACCAUCUACCUGAGGGUAACGGCUCAACCAGGUGAUGAUCUUCUGUGUCGUGUUGAUGACCUUCUGGAGUGCUGGACAGCUGGCAGCCCACACUGGUGUGCAAUAUGCCAGUACAGAUUCAACACAGUGUGUAUAGAAGGACACCUGCAGCUCCUUGGGUAGGGCUGUGGUGAUGCCAUCUGGAAAGAAUCGGAUUUGCAGCUGCUUCAUUUUUAAACAUGAAAAUGGUUCCAAACACAGCCAAAAGACACACAGUAGGGUUGUCUAAAUCGUGGAUUGGCUGCAGGUUCAGAGACUGUACUUCAAUGUUAUUGAAGCAAUGUGGGAUCAUCUCGACAGAUCAGAAAGGGAGCCAAUAUCCAGAGAAGAGCUUUGCAUUUCGCUCAAGCAACCUGGAAAACUGUUCCUGAAGGCUACUUAAAUAAAUGACAAGGAGGCUGUUAAAGACUCUGUUUUUGACUUAUAUGCUGUAUUUCCAUGUAUGUUUGCCUAUUUUUCAAUAAAUCGUUGCACCUAUUAUCAUUUUUUUACUAGCAAAAUAUAAAGAAAUGACUGGUCUUAUUUUGACCCGCCCACCGGAGUUGACGUUAGCAUACGUAACGGAUUUCCUCACAGCUAAUUGGAUGACCGUCGCUCCUUAGCGUGGCGGGAGCCAGAAAUGAAUGCAUGAAGCAAACGUGUCUGGUCCUGCUGUGCGGACAGAAACACGAUCGGUUGCUUUAUAUUAUUUCUGAUUAUGAGCAGGUUACGUUCAGCGAUGCAGAAAGGCAAGCGAGCCGCAGUGGAGGUGGUAGAAAGCGCAUUACCGAAGCGGAAGAAGACAGCAGUGAAACAAGAGGAAACCACAGAUGCGUCCUCACCAUCUCCGCACCACACUUUCCCUGAUCCUGCUGAUGUCGUCCGCUUUCGCUCUCAACUCCUUAACUGGUACAACAAGGAGAAGAGAGAGCUGCCAUGGAGGACUCUGGCUAUAACGGAGUCAGACAUCAACAUCAGGACAUAUGGAGUAUGGGUUUCAGAAAUAAUGCUGCAGCAGACUCAGGUUGCCACAGUAAAAGACUAUUACAACAAGUGGAUGAAGAGGUGGCCCACAGUCCAGGAUCUUGCAGCUGCCACUCUAGAGGAGGUGAAUCAGAUGUGGGCAGGCCUGGGCUACUACUCUCGUGGAAGAAGGCUGCAUGAAGGAGCGCAGAAGGUGGUGUCAGAGCUAAAGGGACAGAUGCCUCAGACGGUUGAGAGCCUGCUCAAACAGCUGCCUGGAGUGGGACGCUACACUGCUGCAGCUAUAGGCUCUAUUGCACAGGGGCUGCUUACCGGAGCUGUGGACGGUAAUGUCAUUCGGGUGCUGUGUCGCCUGAGGGCGAUUGGAGCUGACAGCACAAGGCCAGCAGUGACAGAGGCACUUUGGGAUUUGGCCAAUUUGCUGGUGGAUCCUGAGAGACCUGGAGACUUUAACCAGGCCAUGAUGGAGCUGGGAGCACGAGUCUGCACCCCUAAAGGGCCCCUGUGCAGUCAGUGCCCCGUGCAGUCUCACUGCCACUCUUAUCACAAGGUUCUUGUCAAACAAGAGCAAAACUCUAAGAAGCUUUUGGGGAAGCUGGGUACAAAGACUUCAGAGCUGCCUGACAUAGAAGACUGCACGAACAGUGUAACAUGUCCCCUGUGUCCCUCGGAGCCCUGGGAUGAUGAGCUGGGUGUUCAGAACUUCCCCAGAAAGCCGUCGAAGAAGCCCCCCCGAGUGGAGCGAACUCUUACCUGUGUGGUGAAGAGGCCUGGAGAUGACGGGGAAGAAAGGUUCCUGCUCAUACAGAGGCCAAGCAAAGGUUUGUUGGCAGGCUUGUGGGAGUUUCCAAGUCUUCUGCUUGAGGUUGAAAACUCUGAGAAGAAACAGAAGGGGGCGCUCUGCGAGGAAAUCAGCAGAAUACUGGGAACGCAUUUAACUGAAAACCUGUUCCAGUAUGUGGGAGAGGUGGUCCACAUCUUCUCCCACAUCCACCAGACUUAUGUGGUUUACAGUGUGUGUUUAAAGGAGAGGGACACACACACACAGACUGAAAACACACAGUGGCUCACUAGAUCUGCUCUACAGGGAGCUGCUGUGUCCACAGGACUGAAAAAGAUUGUGAAGCUUUAUGAUUCUGUGGACAGUCUGAAGGAAAAAAACACAAAGGAUGGAAAAAGGCAAAAGGACUCGGGAAUAAUGGAUAACAAGAAGCCGCAGAGCUCUAAAAAGAACAAACUCAGUGCAGCGAGCAGCGGCAGACAGCUCUCCCUCAGUUCCUUCUUCAAGACUGUGAAAGAGGAAUGUUGUUAGUGUCCCUGAAAAGUGCCUUUCCACAUGCAUGUACCUAAAUAUCGCCAUCACUGCCGUUUCCACUUUAAGCUAUUAACAUAGCAAUCAGUUUUUAAUUAAAAUUGUAUUGUGUGAUUUUUUUAUUUUUAUUUUAUGUUAUUAUUUUUAAUGACUGAUUUCUGUCUCAUCGUAAACCAACUGCAGGAUUUUAAGUAAUUUCAUGUGAGCCGACGACGUGUUUUACACUUAGUAUGUUUCAUAAUUGUCAUGUUUGUUGCCACAAUAAAGUUGUAACAUGGGAAAGAAGUGUAAAUAAAAGAUAAGCUCUAGUCUUCACUUGAGCUGGU